ACCAUUCAAUUGAUGGAACCAUCUGUCAUCUCAUGUGCUGCAACUUCCAAGGGUUCGAAUCAGAUAAUAAUAAUCAAUCCAUACUCCUUCCUAAACCUUCGUCUUCUCCAACACUCAUCAGUAAUUGAUACUUUGACGAAGUAAGUUCGCCGAGAUACUACGUUUAAAAGGUGUAUGGUAUUGAGUAAGAUUAUACGAAGCCUCUAAGGUUAGGAAAGAGGGGCUAGAGGGGCUCCUGGCAGCCUGGGUUUCUUUUCUACUUUUUUUUUCUCUUUGGAUUUUCCCUAAAACGUCAACCGAGCGUCAGCACCUGGGCAAAGGACCCAUAAAGCCAUCGGUCAAAAUCGGCCGUAUCUGGCGGCGACUACUUAGCACGACUACUUAGUACGACACAAACUUGGCUUUUGUCCGCCCAUCUUUCGACCCACCUUCAACUUUGUACCACUUUUUGUAUUUGGUAAAUUCUACCAUCUCGCCAUUAUUCUUCUAGUCAAUUUCUUCUCUAUUACAUACAUCACAAACCUGUCAUUAGCAAAUUCGAAUCAACAAAGAUCACGAAUCUGAUCUAAUCGUCAUCUACCAACCAUAUACAACCAUAUCGAAAUUGUCAGUAAGAGGCUUGCAUAUAUCAGAUCUACCGAAUCGAGUUUACAACGUAUCUAUCUAUCUCCAAAGUCUCCGAGAGGCCAACGGAAGAAGCGUCAUAGGAAAGAUGCCACCCAGUUAUUCUGGCCGGCGCGGCCAAGCCGUGAAUGUAUCGCAGUUAUUACAGGACCUCAACAGGGUUCCGGAGCAGCCUCAGGUGUCGGAGGAAAACUUACGAAGUCUCGACGAGGAACUUGCUAUGUUCACAAACACCAAUUUUAUCGACUGGGAUGCAAAUGAGAGUCAGCAACAGCAGCAUCGACAACCGCAGGAAGGGGCCCCAAGUGUCAUAGAGACGCAGGUGUCGACAUCACCCACAGAAGAAGAAUCUAUGGGAGGAGAAUUAGCGGGAUUCGACUUCAAUCUACCAGGCGAUUUCAACGGUUUUGAUUUUCACCCUUAUUCUACGCCAAAUGUCUCGGGUUUCUCAGACAAUUUGGGGAACUUGCAACCUAUCCAGCCAUCUCCAACUUUUCCCCCAAAUGGCUCGGCUUCAAGCACCUACGGCCAGUCAUUGCCGCAGACGGGGGACAAGCGAAAAUCCGCUGACCCUGUCGUACCUCCUCGACGACAACUCUCUUUCGAGGACCAAUCUCGGUUAGCCGCGGAAGAGGAUAAGCGGAGGCGAAACACGGCCGCCAGCGCAAGAUUCCGCGUCAAGAAGAAGGCUCGCGAGCAAGCACUCGAGAAGCGCGAGAAGGAGCUCAGCGAUAAAGUCGGCUCUUUGGAAGGUCGCAUCCAAACUCUAGAGACAGAGAACAAGUGGCUAAGGGAACUCGUCAUGGAGAAGACCGGCGGAAACGAGAACAUCGUCUCCACAUUAUUAGAGAAGCGUAAUGAGAAGAAGGCACCCAGCGCAAAGGAAUCGGAAAGCGAUGCGAAGAAAGAAGCCGAGAAAGCUUCGUAACAUACACGGCAUACCGAGAUACCUUCCAUUGCUUGAAAUAUUCACGAUGGCGUUAAGGGGUUAUCAUUAUGGACUAUGCGCCAUUGGUGGGGGGGCUACGACUUUGGGGAUAUAUCAUAUCUGAUUUUGAGAGCAAUUUUUGAUGAGGCUUACGGGUCUAAUAAACGAUUUACGGGUAAUGCCCCGGCUAUGGUGUAAAAGCUUAUCUGAAAUCUCUCUGCUUGGUAUCUUGAUGCUGCUGCGACGUGAUACUUUUAGAUUAUUGCUGAAUGUGUCGUCCUGCUCUCGGGUAUGACAGUCGAUAUGGGCGAGAGCCUAUAAAGCUCAAUCAUACAAUUUAUGAAUACAUUUUCUUGGC